UAUGUUUAGACGGUAUGCUUGAAAGGUUAUGUUUUAGUUUGUGGGUGUCCAGUUUGCAAAGUUAAGCGGGUUGACCCUUGGUUUUGUUUUCAAUCCGUUCGUGGAAACGUCAGAGAAAUACACGAUGGCACAAAGCAGACUAGAGAAAAUUGGCUCUAUAUAUACCCGAAUUGCUUCAUUAUUAAAAGGCAAAGGUAUAAAAGAGGAAGACGCGCCAUUGUGGUUGGUAGUGUAUGAAGCUUUUCCCCCGAAAUACGAACCGAAAUUCGACAGACGGUUGCCAAAGAAACCAGUUACACCUAUCUUUUACGAAGAGGAUCUUAUUCGAUCAAGGUUUCAUAAAGAUCAGAAAUUUAUACCAGCUACUAAUUUGGCAAACGAAAAUGUAAAAUCUGCAACGCAGAACUUUCUAUCCAUGUACCAAAAGAUAAACAAGGAAGAAUUGUCAGAAGAUAAAGCAUACGAGCGAGCGAUGAAGCAGUACGUUUCUGAGAUGGAAAUAAAAAUAGAAUCGAGGAAGGAGAAUGAAUCAAGUUCCAAUUCAUCCAGAAGCUCUUAAGUGACUAGAAAAAUAUAUUCUUACCAUAAGUUCUGUUGUAAAUAAAGAUCUCAUUAUUUAACAUCUGAUAUCUGUGUUAAAUGCUAUCCUACUGUUGUGAUACUGAUAGAAGUAGAUAUAAUUAACGAGUCUUGUUCAACAACAGUGUUUAUAUUUCGUGACAAUCAAUACAUUAAAUAACAAUGAGUUUCUGCAAAGUUAUAACUUAUGUCGGUAAGUAUGAGAUGAUAACCAUAAUGAUUCUCACGAUGAGUAAACAUGAAUUUACAAUGAUAUACUUAAUGUACGGAGAUCAAUCGCAUAGAAUUUUCAGUCGCAAUAAUUAAUUAUUCGUUACACAACAUUAAUCAUAUUCCAAGGCAUAUGUGACAAUAAGGGUGCAUUCGUUUACGCAGCGGUUAGCGCAGAGUAUCAUUUAAUCCUUGUUUAACACUCUGUGAACAACAAGGAUAAAGUAAUACUAACCGCUGCGUAAACGAAUGCAGGGUAAUUGUAUAGGGUGAUAAUUUCUAUUCCUUUACUGUGAUUGAAGUUUGAUGCGUCAAUGAUUUUAGGCAUUGCUCUCGCACUUGUAGAUUUUGACACCGAUUGCCGGGACAAACGUAGGAAAUUUGUGAUCGCACAUACAGGGGUAUGCGCGGGACUUUUUAAUUAUUUGGAGCCCUUCAGGGUACGGAAUCUCAACAAAUUAUUUUUUUUCUACCGUCAAUGAUUUCAGACAUUAUCCUAUUUUCCAAACAAGCAUAGAACAUUUUCGAUCAUACGUACAUACGAGAGAUCAAUUGUCUGUCUGUUUAGUUUGGACGUACUUUUAAUCUUCGCUUUAUGAACACUCCAAACUUCAAUCACAUUUCUUUACAAUAGUCAUAUUAUAAAAAAGGGGAUAUAAGCUGCGUAUAUCACUGUGAUUCGCUUUACGCGCUGCAGGUACCAGCAAAGUUAAAAAAAUAAAUAUAAAAUACGCUGCAUAUAAAUUAAAGAUAUAGAAUCAGUGCACCGAACGCGUCGGUUUGAGAAUAACAGCCAAAGAUGUACACAUCGUACGUUAUUGAAAAUAUUUUCGGCCAACCCACAUCACAUUUCCUAAAGAUAAUAUCCAUUUAGCCCUUUAAAUGCCGCUUCUCGUUUAAAUGAGUUACGGGCGAAUUUAAUGUGCAAAUGUAUUGUAUUGUAUUACAAUGUUACGUUCCAUUUUUAUUUUAUUGCUAUAAGCUAUUGAAAGAUAUAAAAAAUGCUUAAAUAUAUAGAGAAGA